AGGAAUCCCGCCUACCAUAAGCGCACCGCAGAUUGUACUUGUCUGGAGUUGUUUUGUUUUGGAUAGCCGCUCGGGUCCCGGAGUCGAUAUUAGAGGACGAGGCCAAAUCUUCGGCGACCAGAGCAAUGGCGACCAGUGCAGCACUCCUGUCAGGCCUUUUUCUGGCCAUCGUGCUCACUGCCACGGCCGACGAUGCAUUCGUCGAGAGGCAGACCACGGAAGGCACGGUUCGCGGCAAGGUUAUCCGUGUCCUGAACAAGACUGUCGAAGAGUACUUGGGCAUUCCGUUCGCCGAGCCGCCUGUGGGAAAGCUCCGCUUUCGGCCUCCACUUCCCAAAAGACCUUGGAAAGGCACCGUAGACGCAACCGCUGGAAACACAGCCUGUUCUCAGGUGCUCUUGGACGGAAUCACACUGGGCAACCUGAGCUUUACAGAAGACUGCCUCCAGCUGAACGUAUGGGUCCCAGAGGUCGCGACUAAUCCGGGCUCGCGUCGUCCUGUACUUGUGUGGAUCCACGGAGGAGCAUUCACGUUCGGCAGCGCGAAUAUGGCGAACACUAGCGGAGUCGUGCUCGCCGCGCUGCGCGAUGUAGUCGUCGUCUCCAUGAAUUACCGUCUUGGCAUCCUGGGCUUCAUGAACGCGAACUCGCCUGAGGCGCCAGGUAAUGUUGGCCUCUUGGAUCAGAACAUGGCCCUGAAGUGGGUGCAGCGGAACAUCGCCCACUUUGGAGGUGACCCUGAGAGAGUGACGUUGUUCGGUGAGAGCUCCGGCUCAAUCAGCAUACACGCGCAAAUCAUGUCGCCUUUAAGCCAAGGCCUCUUCAAUAGGGCAGUCUUGAUGAGCGGCACAAUGUACAACCUAGACACGUGGGACACAGUUCCGGAAAGCAUGAUGAAGGCAAACAGGGUCGCUAACCUUGUCGCCUGUUCUAACGGUGGAACCACCGAGCUGUCAUCGAAUGCAGAAGAAAUAGUAGACUGCAUGAGAAACAAGUCCGCCGAUGAGCUCGUCAAGGCUGCCCUGGAGGUAGCAGCACCGAAGGUGGCCCCAUUUGCGCCUACGUAUCACAACGAGUUCCUUCCCCGAAAUCCAUUAGUGGCCCUGAAGCGCGGUUUCUUCUCAUCUGUGGACGUCUUAGCUGGCGUAACUUCGGACGAAGGAGCUGCGUUGCUGCUGUUCCCGUUGGUCCCCGAGCUUUUGGAGGAAGACCUUCAAGCGACUUCACCAGAGGAGCUUGUCAAAUAUCUCCGCCGCGCAUUAUGGCGACUGCUUAAAGAUGACAUACCGGAUAUAAUAGAAACGUACACCGAGGAAGCACCAAAGGACGAUAAAAACGCACUGAGACGCCAAUACAUCGACUACAUGUCGGGCAGAUUGUUCAACUGUCCCCUGCAGUUUUUCGCGGAAAAGCACAGCGAAAAGGACAACAAAGUUUUCACGUAUGUUUUCGCCCACAAGGCGGCGACGCUUCCACUGCCUGGAUGGAUGGGAGCGCCCCAUGGAACCGAUGUGGCCUUCGCGUUUGGUCACCCCUACGCCGCAAAUCCUGAUUCUCCAGAUGGUCGCAUGGCUGUGGCCUUCGUGCGAAUGUUGGCCAGCUUCGGCGAAAACGGGAUUCCCGAACUUCCCCACAACGAGGCGUGGCCACAAUACAGCAAGAACUCGCCAAGCAUCGUCGUGCUCAACAAUGGCGAAUUUAACGAGACACAAGGAUUCCGCUCGAGCUACUGCGAACGCUGGAGGCCUUUGUACUAAAUGUGUCACUGGUGGUUGCCAUCGUUCCUAUGCAUUAUUGGUUUAGUAAUUGCACAUUUGCACUGCAUUAACGGUACUGCAAACAAAUAACACUGCUCAGGCUGAUCCCUUAACGUAUAUCAUUUACUCUGGCCGUGCUCGCAAGCUCACAUAAACUCCGAACAGGACAAGCGCAAGUUUGAAGAAGCAAUCCGUAGCGAAGAACUCUCUCCCCAGCUCUGGGCCAUCCAGCAGGUCCACGCCGCCGCCAGGAAACUCAACCUCCCGGUCCUGUCGUGGGAGACCCCCACUCCAUGAGAGAUCAAAGCUCUCUUGGCCUGCAGGACCUUGAACAAAGCUAAUUUCCUUCGUUGCUAAAAAAAUUAUUUCUCUUAACUCAUAGAGCAAAGCGCCAAAAGAAAGAGAACGCCGAAAAGUCAGACAAUGUCCCUUUUCUGUUCGUACUCUCUUCUAAAAAAAAGACUCGUUGACUCUCCUUUCGAAAGAAUUGGUCAUAACACAAUACUGAAACACGUAUUCUAACAAGCAGUGACAGAUUUGUUGCACAUUAACUAAUACAAGAGUAUACGUAUGUACCGUAUUCUUUCACUAUUUACAGUUUCGCUCGAAUGCAGAAGCAAAGAAAGCGAUAGCAUGCACGCGAGGUGUGUGCUAAAGCGCAGGGUGAAUAGCUCACCGGAGGCUACCAGGCAUUCUAGGUAUAUACGACGCCAAGGUGUGUGCGCAUGUAAUGGUACUGCGUGGUUAUAGCUCCGGUAAAAUCGCAUGCAAGCGCCUACACACAUGUUCAAAGGUGAACGGACGUGUGAAAACGCUGUGAGCUGCCGCGGCGCCACCGAGAUGAGACGGUUGUCGGAGACCAUCUUCUAAAAAUUAUCCAGGUAUGCACUACCAUCUUUUCUACCCUUAUGGAUGUCCAGGCUGCUGGGCAUUCCUUCAUGCAAAAUUACGCAAUGAUAAAAUAAAUAGUGUAUAAAUA